AUGGAUAAUAAAGAUGAUACAUUUGAGGAAGUAUGCUAUGUUUGCAGUGGCAUAAGGCAUUCAAAUAAAUAUGUGCUAAACAUAAAACCUAUUUCAUCCUCUAAUGAACCUUAUUUUUCUUUUUUGGAAACUCAUGAACCACCUAGAAAAUAUAAGGAACCAAUUUUUGAUAAUCAGGUUCAAAAAAAAAUUUUUUUUUAA